CUCUCUUCUAGUCUCCUCGUAUAUUCAAUCUUGCACGAUCCUGCCAGAUUUCCCUCCCUCAUCUGCCAUUCUUGAUCUCGUAAUCUAGAUCACACUCUGGGUUUCGUGAAGGACGACUUUGAUUGUUUAUCCUGUUUUAAAUCGGUUAUUUAUCUGAGCUGAAGACACUCUAUCUUCUGCCGCAAGCUCAUCAAUUUAUUGGUCGUGUACGUGUCUUUGUUUUGAAUGGUUUAUUGAAGCUACUGGCCUGGGGAUCAAACCCUGGUUUGGAUGGUUGUCUGAGGCACAAAAGUAGCUUCCGGAUGAGAUUUGCGCCAGAAACGACGAGUUAUGAGAGCAACAUGAACAAGACAGUCAGCAAAUGCAGCUACGAAGACACUGAUUACAACAGUGCAUCUAAGAAGAGGAAGUUCUCAUGUCAUCAAGAAGUGAUUGUCUCCUCGUUCUCUUUCAAGACCGGAGCGCCCAACGCAGACCUGGUGGUGGACGUCAGGUUCCUGCCCGACCCAAGAACCUUGGAGAAUGAAGCUCCUGACAUUGACGGGACGCACUCUCAAGUCGAGGAGUUCAUCCGUGCGCGAUCGAGCUUCGACAGCUUCUUCACUCAGCUCACUGAGAACGUUGCAUCCGUUGUUGGCGAUCUGAAGGACCGUGGCAGCGAGAGGGUGGAGCUGGCCAUCGGAUGCACUGCCGGUCGCCAUCGAUCAGUGUUCGUGGCUGAGAGGCUUGCACGAUGGCUCCGUGAGAACGUGGGGGCUGACAAGGUCCGGGUGCUCCAUCGUGAGAUUUCCCCGAGGAGCCACCAGGAACUGAUGGAAGACCUUGAACCCUUCGAGGAUCAGUGCUUGAUCACACCUACGGUCUGCAGAGUUGGUCCCAUGCUCAAGUGCACCUACUGUCCUGACACCAACAACAUGAACAUCCAAGAAGUCAAGGGCCUGCAGUGCCCGUUAGCUUUGAGGAAUGUCAGCUCCAUCUUGGGGACAGGGCUCGAGAGCAUCAAGGCGCUCCGCGAGAAGAGGAGGUUGGGAUCGUUCCAGAGCAGCAGAAGUGAAAUUCUGUGUGGAGAGUGGUCCCGGUCCGCUGAUCACUGCGGUUCUUGAUUGGUUCAGAAUGUAAACAUGUACAUGAGGAUUCCUCUAUGCCGUGAAGCAGCAUCGUGUAAUGUAGCAAGAGGACGAUGUAGAAAGAGUGUGUGCUUUAUUUCGAUCGAUGAGGUUGAGGCGCGUAGAUCGAGCUCGUUGAGUUCGCGCUCAACCUUCAUGUAAGACGAAUACAAGCUGAUGCACCUG